AUGGCACGUUGCGCGGAGGAACCAGGCGCCUACGCCGACCAGGUUUGUCGCUCCGUGCUUCACGUAGUAAUCUCUACGAUGAUUUUUUUUUUCCUUCGAUGCUCUUCGGCCCCAUUCUUCUUAGUCUUCCUGAGCAGCGGUAUACUUCACCUACGUUGCAUAGCGUGGACGUCCUUCUCUGGCAUCUGUUAGGGUUUCUCUGUGCCGGAAAGCUGGACCCAUUCCGUGCACGGAGUGUUGACUUGUCUUUCUUUCUAUUGGCAGAGUGUCAACGUAGUGUUCGCAGUUGACGAGUUAAACGGACUCUCUUCUCUGGAGCUCGGUAAACUGCUGAAGGAAUCGGAGAAUUCCGUAGUUCAUAUAUCGAAAGAUGGUUCCUUGGUUCAGGUGACCUUCUUCUACAUUUGCCCCAGGAUUUUUUCUGUCCCCCUCUUGGAUUUUAGAAUUUUUCUUCUCUUUAUGUUAUCUGAAACACGUUUGUCAUUCAGAUUGAUGUGGAAAAACUUGCAUCGUCACUCCCUCUGCAUCUUAUUGCUGUGCUCUUGUCAAAUGGUGGAGGCGACUUGAUAUAUUUUCUACGUGGAAUGAGGCUUUUGCAUUCAUUAUCUGACCUGGCAUCUCGGCAUGUUAGGCUUGAGCAGGUACUCUCCAUGGCUUGAUAAGCUUUUGCCUUUUACGGUAGCUCUGGAAUCUGUGUGCUAUUUGAUUAAAAAUAAAAUUGUAAUUAGUCCAAUAAGCUUCCAGACCUACCCUAAUAGGGAAUCCAUCUAAACUCCUACCCCCGUUCCCCCCUUCCAGUUAUAAGCAACGCGCAGGGUUCAAUGGUCUUAAUGCUACCACCCUCAUAAAGGCCUCUGUGUAGGAUAGAAGAUUUAUUUUCUUGAGUAGAGGAAGGAAUUAUAUCCCCAUAUCAUCACUCUUUUUUGCUUUUUUUGAUACUUGUGUAAUAUAAUGUUAGGUAGAAAUCCGAGGCCUUAUCCAACAAUUUUCUUCGUGAUUUGACUUUUCUGAUACAGCUUACGAGAAAGAUAUGGAUUGCAGUUCAUUAAAACUGGUAUAUAUUAAUAUAUUUUAAUGCCCUCCCGGGGGAAUUCAUUAUGUGGAAAACUAGCCUGAGAGUGAAGGGUUCACGCAGCUCUGGUUGGUGACCUUUGCAUACCUAUUCAGUGUUUUGAGCAGUUUCUUGGAUGAUAGCCAUUCUAACUCCUGCAUUAUUUAGCAAUUGUCAGUGGUUAUGAUGGGAUUAUGAAAAUGCUCGAAAUGACAUGAGGUAAUUUAAGGGGACUGCCAACAUGAUUUGUUCAUUUUCCUGGUGCCCCUUUGGGUCAUUUGGAGUAGAAAAACUAUUUAUUUAAUUAUCAAAGAGCUUGAUUUUUCCUUUGUAGUUUCUGUUGGAAGUAAAUGAAAAAAAGGGACAGAGAAUUCUGUGUAAUGAGAAAGGACGAGGUUUGGCUCUCUUAGGUGCCAUAAUCCGUGCUUGAAACUUAUUGAGAGCGGUUUGUACACGCUUUUAUAUCUCGUUGCUCACUUUUAGCAUUCAAUGUGUGUGAUAUAUGUACUUUCAGACAAAAUAAAUUACAAUUUACAGCAUAUAUACUUUUGGGGUGCCCAUCACUUUUUGCAAGGCAUCGCUUUUUUCUUUAUGGAGUUUUCUUUUAAUUUCUCUCCACCUGAAAGAAAUUUUGACAAUCAAAAAAUACAUUUUUCCCACAAUCUCUAUUAAAUGGCUGAGUUGAAACUUCACUUACUUUUGUCACCCGCUGGAACAACCGGAAGAUAUUUUUCUUCUUGGUCCUUUCAUUAGUAUUUUUAAAGCCUUUCAUUUUUUUCCACCUUCAAAUUUUCUCUUCGACUGUUUAUAAGUCAUUUUUUGGUAGCUUUGUUCUGUGAUGUCGAUGACAUCAUGGUGAUUAUUUGGCAGGUUGACUUGAUCGUGAUACCAAUUUGUAAAUCCGUUUCAUCAGACCUUUUUUUUCAUUUCUGUUUCCGAAUUGAAUUUCUUCCUAAACUAAUUGCCUUGUUCAUGCUAAAAAAAUUUACCUCUAGGUUCAGUAAUUACCAAGCCACUCCCUUUUAGUUGAAAUGAAAUACAACUUCUAUAGCUGUUCCAGAUUCAACUCCUUUUGAGUAGUACGUCCACAGUCUUUUCCAGACCAUCCCUUUUAUAUCUUCUCCUGAUAGAGAAAGAGAGAAAAAAGCAAGGCUGAGCGAUACUGGAAGAACACAAGAAAGAGACCCACUGGGUCUUUUAAUACGCUGCAUGAAAAUGAGCUUUCUACAGAUCAAGACAAAACGAGCGAAGAUGACUCAAAGAAGGCUGUGACGAGAGGAAAACCUCUGAUUCAUUGUAUAUAAAAAUAUGUUUCAUUCUUUCUAGAGUUUGUCAGGUAACUCUUUGAUAUCUGGUCUGGGCUAGGUGUAUAUUGUGUAGCCUAUUUUUUUCGAUUACCGAGAAGAAUGCUCAGUUCUUCUCUUCUUGCACCUUGUUACACUGUCUACUCUGGAUUGUAGUGCAAUGUUCCAUUCUGAAAAAAAAAAUUGUCACUUUGUGAUGUUUCCUUGGAUGUAACAGAACAUAGUUAAUUGAAUUAUGUCUAAAAUCGUUAGGGAAGUUUUUUUUUGGUUUUUUAAAUGUUCAGAUCAUUUUGAAAAUUUUACUUUAUAUAAGUAAAUUUUUUGUUGGUAUUCUAGGCCAUGUGCUGUGCGUAACACCCUGACAUCCCUCCCGUUCUCAAUGUUCUCAGCAUGAACCUGUGUUAAUAGGGAUGAUUAGUGUUUCAAAACUUUCUGUUGAACUAUCUCAUGCAACUAGAUUACUUCCAUGUUUUAUUCAUCAGUGUGUAUCUUCAUAGCCUUGUGUCUUCUGUUCAAGCAAACUAUUUUUUUCCAGAUUUUACUCGAGGAGGUAAAAGUGACCGAACAAGUGUUGGAUCUAGUGUUCUAUCUCCUACUUGUACUCGCAAGUUAUGGGCAGGUUUUCUUCUGUGCUUUAGUGGCCAAUACUUGUAUUGUUCGUAUAUACGUCAUGACGAGCUUUCUAACUAUGACUGUUUCUGUGAUUUAGGAGAACAGUGUUGCAGCUGCCGUGCCCUUUUUGCAUUCAACUCUAGUUGCAUGUAGUCUUCAUCUAUUGACAAUGCUUAUUUCUUCACAGUGGCAGGAUCUCAUACAAGUUUUGCUGGCACAUCCAAAGGUAAGCCUGUCAUGAUAUCUUAAUUGUUGAAGUCUUGUACCAGUCAUAAUUUCACAAUAAUUACAUACGUUUUACUCAGAAAUAUUUCAAUCUUAGUUAUUGCGGCAGGGCAUGGCCCUAUGUUGCUAGAUAGAUUUUAGUUAUAAAUGUUUUUAGUAAGUUCGAAAUCAUUUUCCAUCAUUUAAUAUCACAGGUACCACCAAAUAAUGGAAUAAUUAGCAAAUCUAUCUAUCAUAUUUAAAAAAUUCAAAAUACCGUUAGAAUCAAAUACGCUGGUUGGAUUGGACUAAAAGAUAUUUGCUUGAAAAAUUGUCAUCAGAGUUUUUAAGUGACAGAUCCUCCAUGUCAAUUCUUCAUAAGGUUAAUUUUGAAUGAUUGGGACGGAGUCUAGUCUGGAGGAUUUUCUAGGACUUUUAAGAUUUCAGUAGUCAUAUAAAACCGAAAAGCACAAUCAGGGCCGGUCAAGACUACUCAAAUGUACUAGAUUCAUAUUGCAGCAGUUUGUUCAGCACAGUUCAUUUUCUAGCGUUGUAGAUUGUUAGUAAUCUUUGGAUAUGGUAAGACCAGGUACCAAAUGCUGGACUUGACUUUCAGAUUCGGGUCCAAUGCAUCUUCGUUUUUGUUGUGCCUAGAUAUGUUGUGGGAACUAGAUGACAGAGGAAUGGGAUUUGAGAAUUGAGUUGUAAAAUUUCGUCAAAAUGAAUUGGUACUCAUUGCUGCAAAAGGUGGUUUUGGAUGUAGUAGCUUUAAUUGACUCUCUUCUGCGUCUAUUUUGGAGACUGUUCUGGAACAUUUCAUAACCUUUUCAUUCUGAAGCCCUAUACUUAUACCUACACUAAUUCUGAAGCAAGAAAAUGAUGAUUUUUAGCCCAUGUAUCAACGGGUUGCAACCUAAAACGAAACCAUUAAGUGUUAACGGGUACCCGUUGGUUUGGUCAAAACAGGUAGUGUACAGGAUGGUCGUCUCUGUUUCCUGAGUUGAUGUGAUUUAAAAACUUGGAGAAUGUAUAUUCCUUCCAGUAUUUCUCGUAUUUCUAUGUACUUGGGAUGAUGAAACAAAGAUGAAACCUGCAUAAUGCAAGCAUUCGUGAAUGUGUUGCUCAUUGUUGAUUUUACUUUAUGGUGCAAUCAAGUCAAGCUAGCCGUGUAACUUCUCAGACGUUGAUUCAUGUAAUCUGUAGGACUUCACUCCUACAGAAUGCAAAUGCUUGUGUCUCUGAUCUGUGGUGAUUCUCUUCUGGCAACAUUUGCUUAGAAUAUUGAUAUUUUGGUCCUAUUUUCCUGACCAUGACUUAAUAUUAAAUUCAGAGUUUAUUUUCUUAGUCUGCCACGCUUUUUUUAGCUAUUUUUCCAUAUUCUGAUAAAAUAUUUUUAUCCCUUCAUCUAUCUCAUUUACUGGUCAUCAAGUAAGACCUAUUGUUCAUGGCUUUUUCGUUGACAUUUCAGGUUGAUGUUUUUAUGGAUGUUGCAUUUGAUGCUGUCCAUGUGGAUAUUAGAUUUUUGAGUGCCAAGUUGUCAGCACUAAAUAAUGACGUUUUAACCUACAAAGCCCCGACCGAAAAGAUAGUUAAGCAUAUCUGCUACCAAUGUGAGGCCUCAUUGCAAUUUAUUCUAUCUUUAUGCCAGCAAAAGAUUUUCCGAGAUCGCAUACUUUCCAAUAAGGUGCCCCAUGCCAAACUUUAUCCUGCUUUUCGAUCCAUCUUUUUGUCAUAAAUUUGGAGCAGGUCUUUUUACAGUUCUUCGUCAUUUUAAUGAAUUACAAAGUUAUUUUAUGUUCACAGGAAUUAUGCAGAAAUGGGGGAAUUCUUUCACUUGCCCGGAAAAUCCUUAACUUAAAUGUGCCUCAAUGCUUUAGGGAUUCCUCUGAUAUAAUGGCUGCCAUAUCCAGGCAGAAAUCAAAGGUUCUUUCUAUUGUAAGUUCAAAGUGACGGGUUCGUCUUGUUCUGAAAGAGGUUUUCUGUAGUUUUACCUUCUGCAGUUGAUGUUUUAAAUUGUGAUCAUCGGUCAGACCAGAGAUGACAUGUUGGCUGUGCAGUUAUUGCAGCUCUGUGAAGCAGAGAAUGUUUCCUAUCUCGAUGAGGUUGCUGGCUCUCAAAAGAGCAUGGAUCUGGCAAAAUCUGUUGUGCUAGAGGUCUGGUAGUGCUAACAAGCUGGAAAGAGAUGAGUUUCAUGCCUAUUUUUUUAAUACGAGUUGUUUUUUGUGUUUCUGUUUGUGUGAUAUGAUUGCAGAUUUUGGAUUUACUGAAAUCUGCCUUCGGUUCCGAGGCCAAACAGUCGACCCAUUUUCUUGGGAAGACCGACCCAAAGGGUUUAGUCAUUCUAAAUUCGAUGCGACUGGCUGACAUUUUCUCAGAUGAUUCGAAUUUCCGGUCUUUCUUCAUGGCUAAUAUUGUAAGUUGUUAUAUCUUUCCUGAUCUAGGCUGAACCCAUUGAUCUCAUAUUUAUCUUAUUGAAAGUUUAUUUUUGUCAGACAAAAGUGCUUGCAGAAAUUUUAGCAAUGCCCCAUGAAGAAUUUUGUUCCAGUUGGUGCUCUACUGAUGUCCCAAUGACCGAGGAAGAUGUGAUACUCGAGUACGAUCCAUUUGCGGCAUCUGGCACAGCAUUGAGCUUUUCCAACGGUGGGUCUGAUAGUCCCUUCGAAGAGCCUAUCCUGCUGAGCGAGCCCAAUUUUGCCUGCCCUCCUGGAAGUCUCAGCAGCGUGCCUCCUAUCUCUUAUGCGCAGCAGAGAAUAUCUUAUUUGGUGAAGAUUAUAGCAAACUUGCACUGUUUCGUUCCUAAUAUAUGCGAAGGUAAACACUUUAAACUUUCCACACAAUCUUAAAGCGCUUUCCUUCCACAUUUUCUUCUUCAGAUUAAAUUGCCCUCUUGCAAACAUUAUCUAUCCCCUUUCCUAGUGUGAAAGAAGAGAAAAGUCUCUUGGGUAAAGAGAAGGAUGCUCUGGUCAAUAAUGUAAUCUAUGGAACAUGGUAUCAUGGUUUGUGGACUAAUUAUUAGUUUUUAUCUGUGCAAUCUUGAGCAUACAUGCAAUGUUCUCUGUGACAAUAUUUAAGUGUUCUUGGAAGUUAUAUUCGAUUCUCAUGGAUGGUUUUGUAUUGAGUAUGUUGUUUUUAAUUUACAGAAGAAGAGAAGUAUUUAUUUCUCAACAAGUUUCUCGAGUGCGUGCACGGGGUCUCCCCCAACUUGCCAUCAGACGCUCCUGUAAAUGACGACUUGCAGAGAGCUGCUACAAUCCGUAAAAACUUGGGUAGAUAGAUGCCUCUGGUUUAUGCUCAUGAUGGUUUGCUGCCAGUUGGUCCUCCCUGCAUGAUCUGAUACCCGAGUUUCGACGUGUAGGGUCUUUGUCAGAUUAUGCUGUAUCUUUGAUACCAAACUUGUUGAAUGACGAGGACGUGCAACUCCUAAGGUUUGCUGCUUCACGUCUCCAAUCCUCUUCUGAACCCUAAAUUCUGGAGCCCUUGCGUGCUUUAAUUUUUUUGGGCUCUUUGGAAGGCCAAAGAUGAUUUUUUUACGAUUUAUUCUAUUACUUUCUACUCAUAUGUAAUUUCCCAGGUGGAGGAGGUAAAGGUAAAUUGAAAGUUCAUGGAGAGGGGUCUUUGUUGCGCUCCAUGAACAUAUCGAAGAUCAUUGUCUCUCUUUCUCCGUUGUUUUCAGUUGCAUAUUCUGUCUGAGCUGGGAGUUGACUUCCGAGUUUUUCUGCGCAGUGAUUUCUAUAAACAGUUACUUCAGUCGAUUCCAUCAUCAUCUGUGGAGGAUUAUGCCCAUGUAAGGUUCAUUUGCCAAUUAUUUAUUCAUGUUUUACUCGAUCGAAAUCCAUUUUUGGUAUGCACCGCUGAUACUAGUUCUGUUCAUCUCCAGGGAUGAUCAAACUGGCAUGGUUGUGAGAAAUUAUGCAACCCCCCAUCCCAGAGGAUUCGCCAUCUGGGUACGUCGAAGAAAGAAAGGUGACUCAUCCAAGAACAGUGAACAUAUCAAGAUCGGUCCCCGCAGAGGGUUCUCUCCACUUCAGCAGUGCAUAUGAACGAAGAAAUGGAGUGGGAAGCUUUUUGGGCAUCACCUCGCAAGUAAGGGUUUCAAUGGUUCUGUUCCCCGCAGGGACAGCCAGAGUGGUGUUCAUUGGAGGUCUUAGUGAGAGAUCCUAGGAAACUUACUAGCCCAUAGAGAAACUAUCACUAGAUAUAGUUCCAAGAGUUCUUACUCAAUCAUCACUAGAAAUUAUCUCUCUAUGAUCCUCGAUGUUUCUCUCUCUUGCACUCUUCCGGCCUCCGGUGGGGCUGAUUCGACAUGGCUAAUUUCAAUUUUAUAAAAAACUUAUUUUCCCAAAAAACAUAAAGGUGAUAAUUUAGAAUAUUCUGUAAGAACUAAUUUCAUUUACGUGUAAAAUUGUGAGUUACAAGGUUAAAUAUUAUACUGUUAAAAUUUAAAGAUAUUUUGGAAAAAGUGUUACUAGGGUUUCUCUGUCCUUAAGAGACUUAAAACGGUGAGAGAAAAGUUGAGGUGGUGGUCUACCAUUCUUUCUUCCUAUGUCCUCUGUGAUAGAGAUCAUAUGUCAUUUCUGUAUGUUUUAUAACAUAAUAUCAAAGUUAGAGCUCAGUCAAACACUGCCUAAUUAUAUAAUCAUUCUAUAUCUUUUAAUAAGAAUUUUAGCACAUGAGCCACCAUAAAUAGUCAACAAUCUAAUUAAAGAUGAACUAGUAUAAAAUUCAUCAUGAGGGGGAGUGUUAGAAGGUUAAAAUAUUAUAUUGUUGAAGUCUAAGGGUGUUUUAGGAAAGUGUAUCUAGGGUUUCUCCUUAUUUAAAGAACUAAGAAGGUGAGAGAAGGAAUUUUUUAUCAUUCUCUCUCCUCUAUCUGUAAUGGAGGUAGUUGUUACUUUGUCUACAUUUUUUUAAUAGUGUGUAUUAUCCAAAGUGAAGAUUACCUUCGUAAUCGUUCAUCGUGGGAGCAUCUUAUGUCCAGUAUACUCGGAGCCCUCGUCACCCCACCCAAUUCUCCAUCUCUCUCUCUCUCUCUCUCUCUCUCUCUCUCUCUCUCUCUCUCUAUCCCUCUCUCUCUCUUCCUUUGGGGACAAGGUGGGUGAGUCUUUGUGUAGGUGUUGGGUCUUCUUGGUAGGAUAGGAAAUCUCACACGGCAGCGCCACCGGGAGCAGUCACAGGACGACGGUUCUGAUGGGUCUGCUUCUCCGCCGUUGACUGGUCUAUUACCUUCCGAGCUAGUCCGCCCGUUGACUGACAUCCUGCCUCCCUCAAGAAUAUUCUUCUUCUUAUUAUAUUGUGGUGUGAUUUGAAUUAAUCAAAUUUACGAGCAUAUUAUUUGAAGAAAUGCAGGGAAAAAAUAUGAGACUUAAUUUCAGUAUAUUUAUCACUUCAUUAAUAACCUUGUAGAAAAACAUUAAAUAAUCUUACGACUCUGAUUAAAAUAUUAUUAUCCAACGUUUGUCCAUCCCCGGAAACCCGGCUGCCAUGACGUCAUUGUCGACAAGAGAACGAGGAGGACAGUUCCUUUUGAGAGGAAAAGACGGCGGGCGCACGGUCCACUGUCCAUCCUCCCUAGAGAGAGAGAGAGAGAGCUAG